AGACUUACAACCCAUGGGUCAUGAACUAGAUUACCGUUUAUCUUUGAUAGCAAGGUUGCGUCCGUCACCUUAGCGUACGCGGGCCCUCAAGCAACCCACUGCCCUGAGGUCGGGAUUCGCGCAUUACCAUUUGUUUGGCCGCCCUCCACUUGUCGAGGCGACACGUACGUAACAAGCCGGACAUCCCCCAAUCCAAUGUCUCGUCCCACGCCUUCUCGACUAUCCGUCCCAGGCUCCUCCUCCCACCGACAUCGAUCGGGCAGCCCUGAUUCGGUUCGAUCCGGCAACUCGAACCGAUCUCUCAGAUCCCCCGCAUCUGCUGGUUCAAAUCGUUUUACCUUUCACCUGCCCAACAUGUGGUCUCGAGAUACUCGAGGCUCAUAUCCACGCUCGCCUUCUUCUUUGUCUGCGCGAAAGAACGCAGACGAGGAUGAUGCGGACAGGGAAGCGCUCCUGCCUGCUGCCGAUGGUGUCGAGCACGAAAGAGAUGCGGGUAUGGGGGAUGGAGAUGCGAUUAGCGAACACAUUUUGGUCAAUCCAGCAGCUGGCACGCCCGAGACCAGCUUACGCAAUCCUCAAGAGCCAGUGGCAGCUUCAUCACUUCCGCCAUCUCAGGCAAGAGAUGCAUACGGCGCGGAGCUCACUCCCGAAUGGUCAGCUCUCUCUUCCAUGCAGAGGUCUAGCGUAUAUGGGGCCUUUGUGGUCCUAGGCGCAGCUGUGCUUUUGCCAUUCAAUGCAUUGAUUACGCCCUCGGAAUACUAUCGAGGCCUCUUUGCGGCCACGACGCACUCGGACAAUUUCAUGUCGUACAUCAUCUCCAUUUACAAUGUGGCCACCAUCAUCUUUGGCGCUCACGCAACAGCUAGUGUUGUACGCGUCUCGCCAUAUCGACGCACGGUCUGGUCCAGUGUAGUCGUGUUGAUCACCCUAUCGCUGAUCACUGUUUGGAUCGGUGGAUCCGCCGCAGAAGCUCAGACAAAGGCAGACGGAGCUGGGAGUGAGACGUCCUUCUGGACUCUUAUGCUCGUCACAGCUGUAUUGGCUAUCGCUACAGCAUACUUGCAGAAUGCCGUGGUUGCAAUCUCGUCCCUCUUUGGCGGCAAAGCGAUGGGCGCCAUGUUGGCUGGUCAAGGCUUUGUUGCCGCAGCCGUUUCGCUCAUCCAGCUUCUUGCAACUGUCAGCAGCGUUCGAUCAAGCCGAGCUGCACUUGCUCUGGGGAAGCAACCAGAACCGGCAUUUGCUUCAGCUCGAGCUUCGGCACUCAUUUUUUACGUCUGGACGUGCGCAUUCAUGCUGCUCACUCUGCUCGUACUGGAGAUUCUCAGCCGCUCAGCUCUGUACCGAGUUGUUGCAGCUCAACAUGGUCGCAGCGGCAACGCCCUCAACUCGAACCCUUCGCCAGCGACCACUCCCGAGCUUGCGGACCCGAGGGCGAAGGGCUGGGAGUCUGGUGCAGGCCUUGCACGGUUCAUGCCCAGCAAGUGGAGGACCACUGCAGCCAGUCUCAGGGCUGUCCAGAGCCAGCUCGUCGCACUGAGCGUGGCGAUUGCUUGGUGUUUCACAGUCACGCUCGCGCUGUUUCCUGCGCUUACGAGUCGUGUGAGGCCAUGGCCAAGAGCUCCAGGUUUGGAUCCCUCCGCACCCGAGCCGCUAUGGAGAGAUCCACUGAUCUUUGUGGCCCUGCAUUACUUGGUCUUCAAUGCUUCUGACCUGCUGGGCCGACUCUUGCCUUCAUUGUUGCCUAAAGCUUUCCUGCUGGAGAGUCGACGAGCUAUCAUUUUCUGGGCAGGCAUGAGGGAAGGUUUCUUAGGCAUGCUGCCCAUGUGCAACGUGAGCCGUCAAGGAGCCACAAAACCAGCAGAGGCCACCUCGACGUCGUUGGCUCUACCGUCAUCAGAUCGAAUCGGCUCGAUCGCUACCCUUGCGAUUCGCGCAGCCACUACAGCCGCUGCGAGCACUGCGGCUUCAGACGACGGACUCUGGGCUGCAGUCGCUAGAGAAAGAAAGCCGAGGCUGGGAGACGCGAUCUUUUUCGUGCUUGUCCUGCUGCUCGGAUUGUCCAACGGUAUCCUGAGCACCUCUAUCAUGAUCGUAGGGCCACGUCGAGAAGGAGUCAAAGAUAACGAGCGAGCACUAGCGGGUACCAUCCUGGCUUUCUGGCUCACUAUCGGGUUGGCAUCGGGCUCGUUUGCAAGCUUCAUUUGGUCGUAGCGUCGAUGACCCCUCACGUACCGCCUCGCUGCGCAAUGCCUAUCUUCGUC